ACCGCUCCACCAUAAUUGUUUUCUAGGGAAAAUCAGAGACCCUUUUGAGAGAUUCAAGUGGUGAGCUUAGUUGUACUAAUUAUUGGGUUUGGGUAGUGGAGAUUAUAGUAAUGGAGGGAAGAGAGAAGGUGGGGGGGAUUAACGUUUCGGUUUCAUCUAAAGGUGGAGAUGAAAGCAAUGUGGUUAGGGAAUUGAUGGGAGUGAUUGAGACCGUAGGAUCGUACGCGGGGUACCGGAAAACGCAGAGGAAGGAGUGUUUGAGUUUGGUCAGGAGGUUGAAGCUGCUGGUGCCUCUUUUGGAGGAGAUUCUGGAGCUUGGUACGCCGGUUUCCGGCGAGGCUUUGAAUUGUUUGGCCGAUUUGAUGAAAUCACUUCUUGCGGCAAAGAAGUUGCUCAAGCAUUGCAGCUAUGGAAGCAAGAUUUAUUUGGCAUUGGAAAGUGAGGCAGUCAUGAGUAGAUUCCACGCUGUUUAUGACAAAUUAAAUCAGGCUUUAGAUGGUAUGCCUUAUGAUGAGCUCGGGAUCUCUGUUGAAGUGAAAGAACAAGUUGAGCUCAUGAGGAUGCAACUUAAAAGAGCACAAAGAAGAGCAGAUACACAAGAUAUAGAGCUGGCAAUGGAUAUGAUGGUAGUAUUAUCUAGAAAAGAUAACAGGAAUGCAGACAGUGCUAUACUAGAAAGAGUGGCAAUCAAAUUGGAACUGCAUACUAUUACAGACCUGAAUGAGGAGACCCUGGCUGUUAGAAAACUAGUUAAAGAUCAAAUAGGUGGUGGGCGAAUUCCUGAGAACAUCCAGCAAAUGAUAGAUCUUUUGGGCAGAUUAAAACAAAUUGCAGGCAUCAAAGAGACAAUUGCACUUGAUGGCCCUAUUUCAUCUAAAAGCCUAAGGAGGUGUCAGUCUUCAUUCAUCCCUCAUGAAUUCCUCUGUCCAAUUACACUGGAGAUCAUGACAGAUCCAGUUAUUGUGGCAACUGGACAGACAUUUGAAAGAGAAAGCAUAAGCAAAUGGCUGGACUCUAAUCAUCAAACAUGCCCAAAGACUGGACAAACUUUGGAUCAUUUGUCACUAGCACCAAAUUUCGCCCUCAAGAACCUUAUUCGACAAUGGUGUCGGGAGAACAAUUUUGAACUGCCCAAGAAAGAUGCUUAUGUUGGCUCUGAUGCCUCUAAGACUCAACUCAUAAAGGAAAUCUCUCUCCUGAUCCAAAAUCUAUCCUCUUGCCAGCUUGAUGUGCAAAGAGAGGCCAUUGUGAAGAUACGUAUGCUCUCCAAAGAGAACCCAGAUAACAGAAUUUUGAUUGCAGAUAAUGGUGGAAUCUCUCCUUUGGUUGAGCUCCUGUCCCAUCAAAAUUCCAAGAUUCAAGAACACACUGUAACAGCACUUUUGAACUUGUCAAUCGAUGAGGCAAACAAACGAAUCAUAGCCAGAGAAGGAGCUAUUCCUGCUAUAAUCGAAAUCCUGCAUAAUGGAACAGAUGAGGCUAGAGAGAAUUCUGCUGCAACCUUGUUUAGCUUGUCCAUACUUGAUGAGAACAAAGAAUUGGUGGGCAUAUUGAAGGGAAUACCUCCCUUGGUGCAUCUUUUGCAGCAUGGAACACUCAGAGGUAAAAAGGACGCUGCUACUGCCUUAUUUAACCUCUCUUUAAACCAUGCUAACAGGUACAGAGCGAUUAAGGCAGGUGUUAUAGCCCCAUUACUUCAUUUGCUUGAAGAUAAGAACUUGGGCAUGACUGAUGAAGCCCUCUCAAUCUUGUUCCUCCUUGCAUCGCUUCCCGAGGGCCGGACCGAGAUCGGAAAGCUAUCUUUUAUUCAAACUCUUGUUGACAUUAUUAGAAAUGGUACCUCCAAGAACAAGGAAUGUGCUACAUCAGUUUUGCUACAGUUGGGGUUAAACAAUUCGUCUUUGGUUUUGGCUGCACUUCAGUAUGGUGUGUAUGAGCAUUUGGUAGAGAUUACAAGAAGUGGAACAAAUAGAGCACAAAGAAAAGCAAAUUCCCUUUUGAAUCACAUGAGCAAGUGUGAACAUAUUCCCUGAUAUUUCAACAAGUUGUUUUCUUUUUUCUUUUUGGUUCUUCUGGGUGAUGCCUAAUUAUGCUUAUGGGGAGCAUACAUCAAAUUUCAAGUUGUGUGCUUUCUUUUAUAAUAUUAUGCCUUGGCUUCAAAUUCAAACAUACUAAGAAUUGUACAGAGUUUAGAUUUGAUUAUGUUAUAAGAAG